GACAAAGCGCAAAGCAAAGGUACAUGUGAACUUCUUUGGUUAUACAACUUCACGUUCCAGUUAUUCGAAUGAUACACAGUCUCAGACAGUAAUUGAACAGACAGAGAGAUAUAUUCAGCAUGUUAAUAAAACUAGCAGUUGUCCUCCUGAUGGCAGUUAUUUGCCAAGGAGAAAAACUGUUCUACAAGCCCAGGAUGAUAAAAGUUCUUCCUAGCAAUGAGAUUGAACCUCAAAAGAAACCAGAUUUUUGCAACAAACUUGACUGCCCUGAAUACAAAGUCAUAGAAUCUAGUUCGGGCUAUGAGUUGAGAGAAUAUACAGCCACACACUGGGUGUCCACUGCCCUAGCUGGAAUAGACUACAGCAAAGCAAGCAGCGAGAUGUUUAUGAAAUUAUUUGCAUAUAUCCAAGGGAAAAAUGCUAAAAAGGAAAAAAUAGCCAUGACAGCUCCAGUUUUGGUUCGACUUAUCCCAGGUCAGGGGCCAGCAUGUGAGAGCAACUUCACAAUGUCUUUCUUCAUGUCAAACAAAGUCGCAGAUCCACCAGCACCAACAGACUCUACAGUGACAUUAAAGAGUGCUCCAACAUUUAGGGCAUAUGUUCGACAAUUUGGAGGGUAUUAUAGGAAGAUUGAAGAUUGGAUCAAGGAAGCCCAGGAAUUGAUCAAGUCUAUAAAUGACCCCAGCAAGUAUCAUACUGAGUUUUACUUCACAGCAGGCUAUGAUAGUCCCUUCAGGAUCUUCAACAGACAUAAUGAAAUAUGGUUCAUCUCCAAAUAAGAUCAUACCACUGAACAAUAGCGACCAGCAUUAUAACAAAAUAUACUUAUCUCUAUGUUAACUAUUCUAGAUGUCAGACAAAAUAUUCUUAUAAGAUGAGGUCAAAAUAUUUUUAUUGAACUCAUAUAAUAAAUGGAUUGGAAAUUGUAAUGUAGCAAACAUUUUUUUGUCAGAUAUAUGUUGUAUACCUGACUACCAUAUCAAUUUUGUAUUACCCAGUAUUAAAGCUUUGAAAUCCAUUUAAAAAUUAUUUUUGCUAAUAUUUUUUGAAAUUGAUACCUUAAACUGUUAUACAUUUAAAAAAAGUUCUUCUAUAUUUUCCAGGUAUCUUAUGUGUUGUCAGUUUUUAAAUAUUCCAGAAAUACUAUGUUGAAGUUUAUGUAAAUGAAGUAAGACAUUGAUUGUUUAGCCCAAUGCAGGCCAGAAUAAUUUAUCUGGUGUUGAUACUCAUCCUGUACUCUGUUAAAGAGAUAACUCACAAAGUCAGCUUUGGUAAAUACAAAUAAAUACUACUGUGGGUAGCCUUGCAGAUCAGAAGUAUAACUUGAUCUUCUAGGAGCAAACCUUAACUAUUUUCGUGAAUCUCUUUUUAUGUCAUGUAUGUAAGUCCAUUGUUUUUGCAUAGCUUAUCAGUUCACCCAAAGCCCUGCUGUGAUUGUAUAACAAAACAUUACGGGUUACUCAAAUAUUUUGAAGCUACGCAUGUGCAAUUGCAGUACAUGUAAAUAAUUUUUUAAGAUACUUGUAGAAUAUUUUUUUUUUUAACAUUCCAAUUUCUUAUUUUUACUUUUAUAUUCAGAAUCUCAUCUUGUAGAACUAGUAGCUGAAAUUUACUCCUAAUUACAAAAUGUAUUUCAUAAUGAUAAGAAUUGACCCAUGUUAUGCCUUAUAUAUCUCAUGAUUGAUAGUCCCUCAGUCCUCACAAAUAUGUACAUGGUCAUUGUGUAAGAAAGGAUAGACUUUCUGUACUAUGAAAUUAUAUAUGUAUUGUAAUAUGUUCCUCUAAAUUCAGUAUUUUUGUGAUUUUACUUUUUAUCUUCAUACUUUUUAAUGAGGUACUAAACAUCCAUAUGUUUGAUACGCAGGGGAUUUUCGACACAUAAUCCAUAUGCAACUUAAUUCUAUGGUGUAUGCAUUUAAUUAUUUGUUAAUUAAUUAUAAAUUUGAUGUUUAAUAUUUUGUAAUAUAUUGUAUUAAGUAAACAUGCACAAUUACAUGCAUUUAAAUUUCAAUGUACUUGUAUCCUUAGUGAUUACAACCAGUAAAUGAAGGCCUAUUUCCUAAAUCCAUACUUAGUCCUUAUUCUAACAACCUCAAGUCUUACAGAAAAUGUUAACCGCAAUGUCUCUUGCCUUCAUUGAAGCGGGAUUAUUUGUCAUGUGUCUAUUUAUCUUCUUGUUUUCAAAAAUACAUUGAUGUAUAUGUUUGCACUUUUAAAAUAAAAACAUUAAAAAUUA